AUGAAGCUGCUGCGCCGGGCGUGGCGGCACCGGACAGCGCUGGGCCUGAGCGGCCUGGCGCUCUGCGGCGCCGCCCUGCUGUACCUGGCUCGCUGCGCGGUCGAGGGGCCGCGGUCGGGCCGCCUCCCACCUCCUGUAGGGGCCGCCGCUCGCGCCGCCCCCACCCCAGCCCUGUUGGCGGUGCUGGUGGCCAGCGCGCCUCGGGCGGCGGAGCGGCGCAGCAUCGUCCGCAGCACGUGGCUGGCGGCUUCGCGGCGCGGUGGCCCGGGCGACGUGUGGGCGCGUUUCGCGGUGGGCACGGCCGGCUUGGGUGCCGACGAGCUGCGCGCCCUGGAGCGCGAGCAGGUGCGGCACGGCGACCUCUUGCUGCUGCCUACCCUGCGCGACUCUUACGAGAACCUGACGGCCAAGGUGCUGGCCAUGUUGACCUGGCUGGACGAGCAUGUGGCCUUUGAGUUCGUGCUCAAGGCGGACGACGACUCAUUUGUGCGACUGGAUGCGAUGGUGGCCGAGCUGCGCGCACGCGACCCGCCGCGCCGCCGCCGUCUCUACUGGGGCUUCUUCUCCGGCCGCGGCCGCGUCAAGCCCGGCGGCCGGUGGCGUGAGGGCGCCUGGCAGCUCUGCGACUACUACCUGCCCUAUGCGCUGGGAGGUGGCUAUGUGCUCUCCGCCGACCUAGUACACUACCUGCGGCUGAGCCGCGAGUAUCUGCGCGCGUGGCACAGCGAGGACGUGUCGCUGGGCGCCUGGUUGGCCCCUGUGGACGUGCAGCGUGAGCACGACCCACGCUUCGACACUGAGUAUAAGUCCCGCGGCUGCAGCAACCAGUACCUGGUGACACACAAGCAGAGCUUGGAGGACAUGUUGGAGAAGCACCAAACGCUGAUGCGCGAGGGCCGCCUCUGCAAAGAGGAGGUGCGGCUGCGCCUCUCAUACAUCUACGACUGGUCGGCACCGCCCUCACAGUGCUGCCAGAGGAAGGAGGGCAUCCCCUGAGCUGCCUCUGGCCCUGAGCGACAACUGAAAACUGGUGCUGGAGAGUAGAUCGCCGGCCCGACGAGCAGGGAGGGUCACUGGGGGCUUGUGGGCCACGCAGCUUAGGUGAAGGAGGGUUUGCGAAAGCCCCACAAGCCCUUCAGUGGCCUCCCCCAGGCUUUUCGCUGGCGUGGCUGACAGGUUCCGGCCGGUUUUCCAGGAUGAAUCCAGCCGUGGAGGGGCAUCUGGUUUAUCCAGUGACCAGCAGAGCUUUCAAACAAAUGCCAAACAUCGCUGAACAACACCUGGGCCCCACCUCCAACUGCUGCGUCCAGGAGAGUGUCUCUCAGUGGCCAUUCGUUCUCCAGAGGUUCUUGUUCAGGCCUGGGAGACUCUAGGGGAUACCAGGGCAACACGUUGCACCCACUUACAAUGUCCUUGACUUCAGCCAGUCUGAACCAGGACCCUGGGAGAUGCCCUGCUUUGGGUGUGAAAACGUCCUGUCCGCAGGGGAGGGGAGCCUGAGACUGGAGCUGGCAGGCACUUGCAGAACAUGAACCAAAAGAAUCAAGACAGCUGGAGUGGGGACUGAAUCAUUUCCCCCAUCUCACUAUCCACUUAAGAAACUGCCUUGAACAGAGCACAGGCCACAGGGAAUGUACUUCCUGACCUGCCCGUGUUGCAGCCAAAACGGCUUUUGCCAAAAUUACCGUUGUUUUAUUGGAAUUGUUUGUCAUGUACAAGGUCUAGGAUUUGAUUUUGUUUUGUAUUAAUUAGCUUUAAUGGUAGUUUGGCCUGUGUGUCUCCUUAGAGUGAAUUUGUUGUAAAUAUAAUUCAACAUUCGCCUGUGAUGUAUUUAUAAAUACUGUAAAUUUGUAUAGAUAAGAGUUUAAAUUGGGAGUGUGUAGUUCUCAGUAUUUUUUAAAUUAUUUAAGAAAAGACUUUUAUAUCAGAACUUGGAAUUUGUGGAUUAAUCUGUUUUUAAAACUUGAGUCGUAGGCUUCGUUGCUGCGUGUGUUUAAACUUGAAAGAAUUCUAAAACUCCGUUUCUCUUUUAAGUUUACACAUAAAUCACGCCCCACGUCUCUCUAAAAAGAUGCCUUUUAAGGCUUCCUUAUGGCGUGUGGACUGUCAGGACCUGUGUCGAUCACACUGAGUGAGUGUUUCUCUUUGGAUUCCGGGUCCACGUUCCAAGAAUCUGAGCUGUGGAAAGUGUUGAUGAGGUUUCCCAAGUUCUGUCUUAAGAAAACAGUGUUUGCUGGUAGGUGUUUGAGAGACAGCUCGUUCACUUGCUCUGCCUGACCGACCCUCUUGCACAUGCCAACAUCCUCAGAAGCUCUGGAUGCCAACUUUUCGUUUUUGUUUUUGUUCUUCUUAAAUGUGAAAAGUGAACACUAUGGUCCUUGCGAAAGUAAAAUAAAGUAGCACCGGGAACAACUAGACAGUACGCGCCUUUCAGUCUCCUGUGGUGUGUGACUGUCAUGCGUUUUGUUUUAGACUCUGACUCGUGUUUUCUAUCUGGGUAACCUGGGCUGUAUUCCUGCCCCAGUCUUUGUAUUCCCACUUUGGGGCAAUUUUUUUUUUCCUUCCAGACAAAAAAUUUAAGAAUAUUUAUUCAACCAUAUGAAUUGGACAAGGGCUACAAAGUUCUGAUUUGCAUUUUCGCCGCCCGUUCCUAGGCGUUCUCAGGCCAUGAGCAUAAGAUCAGGUUUGGAUUAUUUUUGUUUCAAGGCAGAAGAAUAUCUGCAAUUGCUUUUCUUGCCAGUAGUCUCGGGAUAAAGCCCUGGACUGUAAAGAAGUUUGGACGAGGUUUUGUGACCCGUGACGGAGAUGCUUUUCCCACCUUUACUCAGUAGGGGUUGAACAGAUCUGAUUACAAGAAGCUGUGAGCUCUUUGCUGGCCAUCUUAGAGCCCAGGCUGACAUCCCUUGGAAUACCUUGUGUGAGCCUUGGAAUAACCUGGGGAGCGGGUGCAUUCAGGUCUUCGAUUUUCAGAUGAGGAAAUGGGUGCUUAGAAAGGCCGACAGGACCACACAGCCAGCAGUAGAGUCAGGAGUCAGUCCAAGGGCUGGACUCUCAGAUUUCACUCUUAUCACAGCCUGGUUCUGCCAGAGCUGUUUCUCUGGAGGUGAGCCACCACGGAAAACGGGCAAAUGUCCACAACACUUUAAGUAGGACUUUUUAAAAUUCAUGCACGUGUUUGCUAAUUGUUUAGGAAACAAAUUCACCUUACAGUUAAAAAAAAAAAAAAAAAAAAGUCCAUUAGACAAGUUCCUAAACCAGUGACGGCAACGUUUCCUGUGGUCCUUGCAAGCUUUAGGACUAGUGUGAACCACAGGAAAUUGCCAGUAUGCAGCUGUUUUGACCCACAAAAAAAAAAUUUCAUAUUGUUCAGCCUAAAAAAUUACAUCUUAAAACAACAUACCACAGCCUGGGCUGACCACUCACAUCGUGCUGCGGUUAACGUGGUAGUAGGUCUCAGGAGGGUUCGUCACAGCUGUAAGGGGCAACCUGAAGGAUCUUCGUGGGGGUGCAGUGUUGUGCGUUGUGACUGUCAACAUCACUAUCCUGGUUGUGACCUUGGUUACCACUGAGUGCCCCUUGUGUACUGUGACCCACAGUUGCCCGCUUAUCCUUGAACCUAGAGAUGGUAGAAUUCACCAGAACCCGUGUAAUGCCUGGCUUUCACCAGCCCCUGCCUAAGCUCCAAUUUUCGCUCUUGUUUUGACUCCCCAAACCUGCGCUGCAGAUUCCUCCCGCCGGUACCUGGUUGCGCCCUUCCUGUUUCUGGCACCCUCCCCUGCCAAUGGCUUCCCUUGGUCCCCCUCUCCCAGGAAGCCACCAGCAUCACCCCCCAGGGCACAGUGUGACCCUGUGUCUUUCAGGUAAGGCUCUCAGCCCCUGGCACCCAGCAUGUAGCCACAACUGUUCUGUGAGGAAGACUAUGGCCAGGUGCCCACUAGCCAGCCACCUGCUGGGACUUGCAACAGGCACAAAGAGCUGUCUGAGCCUGGGCCCACUGAGGGCUGUGCACCUGUGCCUCUCAGAGCCACCCACAGGUCCCUGCCUGCCCACCCACCACCUGGAGGUCCACAGUGGGCUUCAACCAUGGGUCUCAAACUCCCAAAGCCCUUUGACCUCCUGACUCCAGGUGGACCCACUGGGACUCUGGCCUCUGGCCUCUCCCAGCCCCAGGCGUCACUGAGCCCUUGCCCCCCAGGGCUCAGAGCAGACACCAGGGAGGCCUCCGUUGGAGUUUUGUGAGCUGGCCUGGUACAGGGUGGCCCUCUUAGGCUGAGAUGGGACCCACGUUGCCUGGGCU